GCGUUUCGUCUCGCGAGUUCGAGAGAGAGAGAGAGAAAAAGAGAGACACCGAGAGCCGAGGAGGAGGAGUAGCGGCGCAAGAAGCUCCAAUGGCGGCGGCGAUGGCGGCAAGGUCUGCUCUGCUCAAGUACCUGCGGGUCCCGGUCAAGCCUUCCCUCCCCUCCGGCCCCCCGCUCCCCUCCUUCGGCCUCGCCCUCCGCCGCUUCUCCGAGGAGGUCCGGGGCUCCUUCCUCGACAAGUCCGAGGUCACCGAUCGCGUCGUCACCGUCGUCAAGAACUUCCAGAAAGUCGACCCCUCCAAGGUUACACCAAAUGCGCAUUUCCAGAAUGAUCUUGGGUUAGACAGUUUGGACACAGUGGAGAUAGUUAUGGCUCUUGAGGAGGAGUUUGGCUUCGAGAUUCCAGAUAAUGAAGCAGACAAGAUAAACACGAUAGAACUUGCUGUUGACUUCAUUGCUUCUCAUCCGCAGGCGAAAUAGGAGAAGCAUUGAAAGCCCAUGUUCUUUCCUUUUCUCCUGGAGGAUGGGCAUUGUCAUUGAGUUUUCAUAAGUGGCACAUUGGCACAUUUUAGAAUCUUUUUGUUGGCAUGCUUCCCUCCAAUGGACAUGUUCCUUUUUUUGUACCAAACUGCUAUGGCUACUUCGGAGCUGGGUGGUAGCUGCUGUUACAGGCUCUUAAAGUCCUUGACACUAUUUUGAAGUGUAUCAGAAUGGGUUUUUGGUUGCAUUAAAGUGGAGUUUCUUAUUUUUUAUAAGUCCAGCAUUGGGAGACUGAUAUCAUAGAGGAAA